GUCAAAAUAAAUUUGAAAAGAAAAUCAUUUGACCUUUGUGAAAGACAUGGAAAUCAAAACUAAUGCAAUAAGACUUUAUCUAUGUGCUGUAUUGGUUAUUAUUAUGACAACUGACCUUGUUGAUUCUGCCAGGAGGCAUAAAAAAAACCAAAGUAAAAGACAUGAUAAAAGACAAACGGGAUAUCUAGAAAUAUAUCCAAGUGAAAUUAAAGAGGAGUUUAAAAACUACGCUCGAUCGUAUUUGAACUCUAUUGUGCAACAAAUGACAAAGAGAGCCAAAACUAUUGAAAAACUCAAAAAGUCAAGUGUUCACAUCUGCGCAGAAGUAUGUCGACAUCGUUGCCUUCCGUCAUGUGAAUGGUCAUGCUGCAUAAAACGUAACAUCGAGGAACACAAGCAAGCACAUCUGAUAAGACACUUGGAUUCACAUCCAGCCCUACAAAGAAAAUCGAAUCUUGGAACAGAUUCUCAAAAUUCAACACAAACGAGUCGUGAAAGUAUAGAGAAAACCUUUGAAGACGGAACUGAGUGUAAUCCAAGCUGCAAACGUUUAUGUGUCCCUUCUUGUCGUUUUUCAUGUUGUCAACCUGUUCAAGUGAAGGGAGUAAUACUUCUUUGACAUUCAGUCUUGUUUAAAUCAGUCGCUCCCCAGCCAAAAAUUAUUUUAUUACGACGAACUUUCGACGAGUAGACUGUGGUCUUCGACAGGACUGAUUUACAACAUAACUUUACCUACAACUGAAACUUAUCCACAUUCAAAAAUGGAAAUGAAAGUAAUUGCUUAAUGUUAAUCAAGCCAUUGACUGACUCAAUUUAACAGUCACAAAAUCCAAACAUUAUUAUUAAAAGGAAAGUUACAGUA